UGUGAUGUAUGCGCAGAUGGCUUUUACGGUGAUCCACAAAACGGUAAGCCAUGCAAAGAGUGUGAAUGUAGCGGUAACAUUGAUCCGAAUAGCAUCGGGAAUUGCGAUUCGAUCACUGGUGAAUGCAGCAAAUGUAUCUAUAAUACGAUGGGCUUCACCUGCGAGAAAUGUAAGCCUGGCUAUUGGGGCGAUGCAUUGUUGGAGCCAAAAGGAGACUGUAAAGCAUGCAGAUGCUUUGCUCCAGGAACUAAACGACCGUCAAUUGAUUAUACACUAUUGGAAUGUCGUCAGAGCGAUGGACAAUGCGACUGUCAGCCACACGUUAUUGGCCCGCAAUGUGACCAAUGCGAAGUACGUUGGCCAUAUUUCAAGCAUUCAUAUCGCAGAUAAUCUGCAAUAA